AUGGACAGCCACCCCGAUUCUCCUGACUCCUUGGCCAGCGACGGGCUGCUGAGCUCGCGCAGAAAGAGAAGCAGAAUACUGAUCAGCGAUAUAGUACGCAGGUCUCCGGAUUUGAACAAGAACAACAACAACGAGGAGGAGGACGACGACAAGGAGCUGCUCAACAACAAUGUGGAUUUCCUGAUCGUGGAGCAUCAGAGCGCUCAGGAGCAGCGAGAGAACGGAGAUGACGAUGACCGUCUCACCGCAGCCACCAGCCACGCCGCCCUCUCUUUGGGCGGCGGCUCCCCCGGAGGCGGCGGCUAUCCCUCCGGGGGCGGCGGCCUGCCCUCCUCCGCCCACCACCACCGCUCCGGGCUGCACCAUCACGCCGCCAUGCAACACCAGCUGCCGCACCAGGCGGCGGCCGAUUUCCAGCCGCCCUACUUCCCGCCCCCCUUCCACCACGCCCCGCCGUCGCCGCCCCCGCCGCCCCAGCAGCACCUCGACUACCUCGCGGACCCGUACGGAGGCCUGGGGGCGGGGCUGCACCACUACAACCAGCUGGGGUUGAGGACGAGGGACUCCGAUGGGAGUCAUACGCACGUGAGCCAACUCGGCCACGGCACGAGUUUCCCGUACAGCGCGGGCCCGGGCGGGGGGCGGCCCGACUACGGGGGCGGCUCCCAGGGGCGGCACGUCGACGACCCGCUCUCGUUGCACCAGGCGCUCGGCCAGGCCGUCGAAGAGGCGCAGGGCGGCAUCGACGACAACACCGGCUUCAUCACCGACCUACCUCUGCUCAAAAGCAUGAAAGGCGGCAAAGACCACGGCGGCGGCUCCAUGGUCUCCCCCAGCGACGUGUUCUGCUCGGUGCCCGGCCGCCUCUCCCUCCUCUCCUCCACCUCCAAGUACAAGGUGACGGUGGGGGAGGUGCAGCGUCGCCUCUCGCCGCCCGAGUGCCUCAACGCCUCCCUUCUGGGCGGCGUGCUGAGGAGGGCGAAAAGCAAGAACGGCGGCAGGAUACUCAGGGAAAAGUUGGAGAAGAUCGGCCUGAAUUUGCCUGCGGGCAGGAGGAAAGCUGCCAAUGUUACGUUGCUGACUUCUCUUGUCGAAGGCGAAGCCAUCCACCUGGCCAGAGACUUCGGCUACGUCUGCGAGACCGAGUUCCCCGCCCGCCAAGUGGCCGAAUACCUGCUGCGGCAGCACGGCGAGACGCUGCGCCGCAAAGAAGUCCUGCAGGCCACCAAGCAGGUCACCAAGGAGCUCAUGGACCUGCUCAACCAGGACCGCUCGCCGCUCUGCAACACCAGGCCGCAAAUCCUGCUCGACCCUUCCAUCCAGAGGCACCUGACGCACUUCUCCCUCAUCAGCCACGGUUUCGGAAGCCCUGCCAUCGUGGCUGCGCUGACCGCCAUCCAGAACUUCCUCAGCGAGUCGCUGAAGCACCUGGACAAGGUGUUUCCCGGCCAGCAGGGCCAGCUGCUGGUCAGCUCGUCGCUGGACAAGGGAAAGCUCGAGGACAAGAAGUGA